AUGGCAGAUGAGGAUAGAGAAACUGCUUUGGAACCAUUACACAGCACAGAUGAAAACCAAACGCAACAUUCACAUAGGAGUCCAGUAUGCAACCGAAUAUGCAUGUGUACCCUAGAUGGGGUAGCACUUUUUUGUAUAAUUACUACGGCUGUAAUUUUCUUCUGGAGAGGCACUUGGUAUAUUAUGGAUAACAUUGUCAAUCCUCGGAACUAUGAAGCCAGUGGCUGGCUCUCCUUUGUUUUGGGCUUCCUUAUCAUUAUCGUCAUGCACAUGUGGCAAACUACUUUCAAACGAAUUGUUGGCAAAAGUAAUCGUGUAUUGUGGAAUAUCGCUAGUCGGGUACAUACAUACAUUUUGGCGUUUGGAUGCGUUAACCAGUGGCGGGGUGUUUGGCAUGUCUGGGAUAACUAUACUGGUGAUGGUUUGAAUAGUGGAUUGAUAUCAACGUUUACAGCAUUAGCAAUUCUAUGGGCAUCUAGAAGCAGCAGAAAUAUCUUGCGACCACCAAACAGCUUGCUUUUUGACUGCAAUCAUAAGUUUACUAUAUUGACAAGGUUUCGAGUUGAAAUUUCAUCAGAUAUCUAUUUAUACUUAUUAGACUUGAUCUUCACAGUGAUUGUUCUUGGCAGUGCAGUGGUGUCUUAUUGGAGAGGCAUGUGGACUUGUAUCGAUAAUGUACUUUUCCCAGCUGAUACAGAAUUCUCAGGAUGGGCAUCUUUAGGUAUCGGAUAUGGGAUAGUUUUUACCAGCUAUUUACUUCAAUUCAUUGCUGCAGAAAUAUCUUGCAGACUUGGAAAAUAUUCACGCAUAGCCUUUGAAGAUUUUUUUCUUUCCAUUGUGGCCUUUGGAAUUUUAAAUAUCUGGAGAGGGGUGUGGUACCUUAGUGAUGUUUAUAUUAUAUCUGAUAAAGUGUGGGCCAGUGGAUGGACUACUCAUUGUAUAG